UGACGCUACUAAAGAGAGCAACGGGCGUACGGUGGCUACUUGAACGAAAACGGGGGAAGCUCGCUCAAGAACCGGUCGGGCUGUCGUCGGGAACUCAACAUGCCACAAUACAAAUGCUGAGCGUGGGUCGGAAACAACCGUAUCUACCCCCUGAACGCCGAUAAUUGACGGCCACGCCCCGUAUCCACCGACCGGAGCCCUUAAAGAACUGCCGGCGGAGGCGCAACGGUGAGUGUUUGAAACCCAGCAGGGAGGGCGGCUAGCGGGCUCACAGCGGAGAGGAAGCAGGAGUGUUUGGGGAACCAUGAGAGAGUACAAAGUAGUGGUUCUCGGGUCCGGAGGGGUCGGUAAAUCCGCGUUAACCGUCCAGUUCGUGACGGGAUCCUUCAUAGAGAAGUACGACCCCACGAUAGAGGAUUUCUACAGGAAGGAGAUCGAGGUUGACUCCUCUCCGUCCGUCCUGGAGAUCCUGGACACGGCGGGGACCGAGCAGUUUGCCUCCAUGCGAGACCUGUACAUAAAAAACGGGCAGGGUUUCAUCCUGGUCUACAGCUUGGUGAACCAGCAGAGCUUCCAGGAUAUCAAACCGAUGCGGGAUCAGAUCAUUCGGGUGAAAAGGUACGAGAGAGUGCCGAUGAUUCUGGUUGGAAACAAAGUGGACCUGGAGGGGGAAAGGGAGGUCUCGUCCGGUGAGGGGAAGGCACUGGCGGACGACUGGAACUGCCCGUUCAUGGAAACUUCAGCCAAAAAUAAAACCUCGGUGGACGAACUGUUUGCAGAGAUUGUCCGACAGAUGAACUAUGCCUCAACACCAAAUGGCGACGACCAGUGCUGCUCGUCUUGUGUCAUUCUUUAAGAAAAAGGACGACCAUAAAGUUUUAUUCUUUGCUCGGUUUUAAGUUUGCAAUGUGUGUUGCAGCAAGUGUGUACUGUUGAGCUCUUCUUCAUGUCUCACCCUGGCCUUGGAGGAAAAUACAGGGAGGAAUGCUGCAGGGGGACGAGAGGAGGAGGAGGGGAGCAACUGAGACUCAGAGGGAGGGGUCCACUCUUCAGGAAUUCUGCUGGGUUGGAGUAUCUUUGCUGCACGAUCAGUGUCCACCAUUGAUGUCAACACAGUGUCAGAUCCAGAGUUUUCAGCAACACCCCCCCCCUCACCAGUUCCAACUGUACUCACAACUGGAACUAAAACCCCAAUG